AUGGUACGAUGGCAAUCGAACGCCAACCGUCACGACAAACCCGCGAACGGUUCCGACGACACCGCACGGAACGAGGAAGAGGACGACACACUCCACGACAAUUCCGCCACCGUCGACAAACAGCAGGACGAAGACGAGUCCGACUCGACACUUGUUCCGGAACGCCGCGCCCGCAAACAGGAACGGCAUCGCCUCGCCCGUGCCGAAGCACUCAAACGACGACAAGCGAGUGCUGCCAUGGAUUUACCGUCCCAGCCACUCGUGCGGACUCUGGGUGGUGGUACCGCCCUGAUCUUUGCCAUGGCCCGACGAAUGUGGCACGAAGACGCCGCUGCCGGGGGGACGCUGUCGAACGCUGCGACCACACAACCCGCCCGUUCCGCGGCGGCCUCGUCGUCGUCGUCGCCACUCAUGAACAAUCAAGGAUACGCCGGAUCCAUUUGGCGGAACGUGCGGAAACGCAACAAACCGGCACUCUGGCGGUAUGCACUGCGGACCUAUGACCGCAUGGCGGUGGUGGACGAGUCGAUGAGUAGUACUGGAGCGGACUCGUCAUUCCGGGUCGAACGCACAAACGUUCAUCACGAAGGAGCGCUCCUCGCCUGCGCCAAACUGGGGUUGUGGCAACGGGCGUUGGACAUUUAUCGCGAGGUGGAGCGAGUGGAAUGCGCCGCGCUGCACAAACAGCAGUCUUCCUCAACCUCCAGUACUAGUGGCACCGGUAGCCGCACUGCUACUGACCCCUCAUCCGCCAGCCGCUCGGCGACGCAAAAACUGCCAGUACACGUGACGGACGCCAUGAUUGGAUCGGUCGUUCGUGCUUGUGUCCGGGCCAGCCGCCACCGUACCCCAGCCGGCGUGUCUCUGGACAAUGACACGGGCGUCCAAAUAAGUGUUCGCCGAGUCCCCCUCGACGCGGCGCAGGAAGUAGUGCUCGCCAUGGAAGCCGCGCACGGACUACCCCUCGUCGCCCGACACUUGAAUCCACUCGCCGCGGCCUACACCAAUCUCGGCUUGUACGCGGAGGCGGCAGACUUGCUGGAGUCGCACUUGACCGAGCGUGUCACCGGACCCGAAGCCGAAAACGGUCCGAACGUAUUGAACGUGAAAGAUAUUGGGGCCAAGGAUAAGUCCAGCUACGCGUUGCUCGUCCAAGCGGCCGUGACGCAGGGUGAUUGGUCCGAGGCCGUCGACGCGCUGCGGGACAUGACCGAAGCUGGGCUGUAUCCUAACGUGCGCCAUUUAAAUGUCUGGACGGAAGUGUCGGAACGAAAGAGCAAGCACCGGGAUACGCGGUCCUGGAAGAAAAAACGUGACCAAGCAUGGGUGUCGUCUAUUCGACAAUAGCGCAUUGCAUCGAUAUCCUGUAACUGUGUCAAAACUGCCGUAGAAAAAGGUGGG